CACAGCCACCAAAGAGCCGUGUCCAUGGCCAUUUCCAAGCUCUUUUCCCUGGCCCCAAGCCCACAGCUCUCCGUGCCCACAGUUGCUCUGCCAGGUCCCUUUCACAGCUCCCAGGCCCCCACAUGCUCUCUGGGCUGGAAGGUGACAACCGCGAAAAGAGGGCGACACUCUCCACGGCGGGGGCUUCGGGUGACAUCACAUCCUCCAAACUCCACGUCGGGCCGCAGCCGGCCGAAGGGUGCAACUUCCCCCCUCCGAGGGCCCUGGUUCCUGGGCGGCUUCCCUCGCGCCCGGCUUUAGGCUUCGCCCUUCGAGGAGGAGCGCGCUCCAUGGCCCCGCGGGUGACCUCCUGGCUGCUGCUGCAGGUGGCCUUGCUGCUCGACGCCGCCGAAGCCCAAGGGCCCAACCAGUUCCGAAUGUCGCCGCCGAAGCUGGUCGCGGGGGUCGGCGAGACGGUGACGCUGCGCUGCGAGGUGCUGAUGCGCAACGUGCUGCAGGGCUGCUCCUGGCUCUUCCAGCCGCACGGCGCCACCCGCAGUCCCACCUUCCUCCUGUACCAGUCGGGGUCGCGGCCCAAGCUGGCCCCGGGUCUGGACGAGAAGAGAUUCACCAGCACGAAGAGCAGUAACACGUACACCCUCACCGUGAGCGGCUUCCGUGAGCAGGACGAAGGCUACUAUUUCUGCUUGGUCGUCGCCAACACGAUUCUCCACUUCAGCCCCUUCCUUCCUGUCUUUCUGCCAGCUGCUCCCACCACCACGCCCGCUCCGCCUCCCCCCACUCAGGUGCCCAGCGCGUUGUCCCCGUCUGUGCGCCCAGAGACUUGUGUGCUCUCCAAGGGCGGCAAAGCGCACACAAGGUGGCUGGAUCUCACCUGCGAUGUCUACAUCUGGGCGCCCUUGGCCGGCACCUGCGCUGUCCUUCUGCUGUCCCUGGUCCUCGCUGUCAUCUUCCUCCGCAGGAACAGACGUCGCGUUUGCAAAUGUCCUAGGCCUCAAGUCAGACCUGGAGGCAAGCCCAGCCCUUCAGGGAAAUUCGUCUAACAUGGCACUCAGCCUGUGUGACAGCCACUACAUGCCUUCAUACUGAGAUGGUCCCUUGGAGAGCAAGUGCUUCUCUUUUGGGUUUUCCAGUCUUCCUUCCCAUGUACUCAUUCUUAUUAUUAUUUUAGUGGGGGGUGGGGUGGGAAGAGUUACUUUUUCUUCAUGCUAUUUACUUUGACAAAAAACAAAACCAUUGAGUGUCUACAGUUCACUGCAAGAGUCACAGUACUGUUGCACAUACUGGAGGGUAGAGGUAAGAAGCCAGGUUCUCAGAUGCUGGAAUUCACUCUUCCACCCACUUGUGUGGCAGUGGCACCCUAUGGCCAUCCCUCCCUAAUCACUCUCCUCUACCCACUUGGGCUCAGGUGCCACCCUAAGAGCAUUCUAUAUAAACUCAGAUCAAAGCACAUGCAACCCCUUUCAAAAGUCUGAUGCAUCAGCCCCGCCUGCAGUUCCUUUUCUGUUGUCCAUUUCUGUCUGUCACCUUCAAUAAACACAGCUGCUUUUCCCUCA